AUGGUCACCCGGAAGUGGCGGACGCACCCGAAGAAGCGGGCCUCCCAUUUGAUUGGCUAUUACCCCAUUCGUGCGUGGCGGUCAUGUGGCGUCUCCGAGCAUUCGAUCCGAGACGGAAGCCGGUUGGGAGGGGGGGCUGGCUGGCAAGCUGCGGGCUGUGGAGACGGAGCCCUUUGGGCACCCCUCAAAAGGCUGCUAUGGGAUUCCCGGCCGCUGUUCCAGACCCUGCACGAGCUGGCCGAGGACAACGCCGCCUUCUUCCAGGACAGCACCACGGAGACCGGCCGCCGCUUUGUGGCGGCCUUCACCACCAUCCAGGAGCACGCCCGGUGCUUGGAGCCGAUCCUCGGACACUUCGCCACCGUCCACCACAUCUUCGACCUGGAUGAGCACACGCCGGCCAACGGCUACCGCAGCCUGGCCCAGACGCAGCGCUGUUGCUCUAUCGGCCCAUUAUCAUCUUACAAGAGCCGCCAUUGCGGGUCAUACGCCAACCGCAGCAGCCGCCUUUCUUCCUCGCCGAACAGCAAUAGCACACCGCGCUGGAGCUGGAGGGCCUACUCGCACCGCCUUCUGGACCCAGCCAAGUGGCCCUCGCUUCACUUCUGGCUCCAGCGCCUGUUGACCCAAAACCGCCCCGGCUGCCUCUUCCAUCAGGAGGAACAGGGGCUCUCGGAGCAGUUCCUGCAGGAAUAUGUCACCAUGCACAAGGGGUGUUUCUACGGGCGUUGCAUGGGCUUCCAGUUCGCCCCCUCCAUCCGGCCCUUCCUGCAGACUAUCGCCAUUGGCCUCGUCUCCUUAGGGGAGAAUUACAAGCGGCACCACUCUGGCAUCAGGCGGGCGGCCGCUCACUUCUUUACCAGCGCAAGUUUGCCAUCUAACCCCCGGAAAGCCAAGUGGGGAUAGGAGUUCCGAAAGAUCACGCAGAAAACCUGGACGCGGUAUUUCUGGAAAACCUUCUGGAACCUCACCGAGAUGGAGCUGCUCGCUUCCCUUGCCAACAUGGCCUCCUCCCAGGUACACGGGUUCUCCGGCACCUCGUCGGUUCCCAAUUCCUACCUUCCUUUGAGAGCUGUCCUGGCUGCUGACCCCAAGCUGACUGUUACCAUCACGCCUCCGGUGGCCCAUACAGGACCUGGAGCUGUCCAAAUGAGGUUGAUCUCCAGUGAGCUGCGCGAGGGGCAGGACAGUGAGGAGUUGGCCGGCAUGGUGCGUCCAGAAGGGUCCCUGUCCGUGGAGCUGCGCUGGAAGACCAAGGUGCUGCCCCGCUCGCCGUUCCUGGUGGUACAUUUCCACGGCGGGGGCUUCGUGGCCCAGACCUCCAAGUCACACGAGCCCUACCUGAAAGCCUGGGCGCAGGAGCUGGAUGCCCCCAUCCUCUCUAUCGACUACUCUCUGGCACCCGAAGCCCCCUUCCCACGAGCCUUGGAGGAGUGUUUCUACGCCUACUGCUGGGCCCUCAAGAACUGCCACCUCCUAGGCUCCACAGCAGAGAGGGUGUGUCUGGCAGGGGACAGCGCCGGCGGGAACCUGUGCUUCACGGUCUCCAUGCGAGCGGCCGCCUUCGGGAUCAAGAUGCCGGACGGGAUCAUGGCGGCCUACCCGGCCACUCUUGCGUAAGCCGGGCAGCCUCCCUCCUCAGCCUUCCUGACCUUGCUCGACCCUCUCCUGCCCCUCAGCGUCUUGUGCAAGUGCCUCAGCGCCUAUGCAGGGAUGGACCCCCAGCAGUCAGAAGACCCCACCUUGGAGAAGCUGAGCCCCUUGAACAUGGUGCGGCGAGACACCUCCCUUCUCUUCCGGGACCUGCGCCUGAGCACUUCUACCUUUCUCAGCUCCCUGUUGGACAACACAGGCAAGGCCAAUGGGGCGGGUGGAGCAGAUGAGUCCAUGAGGAAAAGUGUUUCGGAGGAGGCUCUGAAAUCCAAACCAACCCCCCACUCCGAAGAGUCCCGCAAGAGCCAGACGUGCCACAAUCUCUCGGGCAUCGCGGACUCCCCCCACCUUGACCAGAGCUGCCCCUCCAGUCCCUUGGGGCAUCGCCAGGCCGACUUCUUUCUGAGCGAGGGCAAGCAAGAGGGCCCGACCUACAGCAACGACGGCGGGCUGACCUUUCCGGACGGCUUUCAGCCCCUGCGCUCUGACCAGCCGGCUCCUCGUCUGCAUCUGGAGCUGUCGCCUAUCUUCAAAAACCCCUUCAUGUCUCCUCUCCUGGCUCCGGACGCCAUGCUGAAGGGCCUGCCACCAGUCCAUAUAGUGGCCUGUGCCUUGGACCCCAUGCUGGACGACUCGAUCUCGUUCGCCCGGCGGCUGCGGGCCCUGGGGCAGCCGGUGACGCUGCGGGUGGUGCAGGACUUGCCCCACGGUUUCCUCAGCCUGGCGUUUUUGACCCGCGAGACCCGCCAGGCCUCUGCCCUGUGCACGGAGCUCAUCCACAACAUCCUGCACCCCCCGGAAGACGCGCCGCCGCCGCCCCCCACCACCGCCCCCUCCCUCAGCAGACAUCGGAAACUGGAGCGGACCUGCCACGCCGCUUACGCAGCGACCCAAGAGAGCAGCUCCCAAACUGGACAGAAGGGGCAGAGCGGCAUCCUCGGAGGGACCGGAGGGCCCGCGGGUCCCACGCUCAAGGGAGCUCCCGGCACCCCGGAGCACCCAGCCGGGGGCAGCUCCACCGCCGGUCAGCCAAGCGGGGCAAGGCCUGCCUCCGAUCCUGACGUCACUGAUGGUCAAGAUGCUGGCUCCUCGGGAUGCACAGUGGGGCGGGGGGUGGGGGCCUGAAGCCCCUCCCCACCACGGCUGUCUCUAAAACCACAUGGCUCCAGCUGACCCUUGUGUGGCGUGGCUUCCUUUUGUGACGGGAAUCUUUCUGGUGCUCUCUUUCUCCCUGCUGUGGGUCACGCCCGGGACUCUCCUCCUCCGUGGUGCGUGCUGUGAGGAAUUGCCCCACAUUCUCUCCCCCUAUCACCAGCGUGCCGUUUUAUAUAGAUAUAUAUUUUUAAAAAGACACCUGCGUGAGACUCGGAACCCCCCUCCUGCCCCCCUUCCCCCCCUAGGUUCAGAGUUUGUGAGCAGCCCCUCCACCUUUCCCCAGAGUUUGUGAGCAACCCCUUUUCUGCAUUUCUUUACUUGCACAUCAGUACAGUCCAGCUCUCUCAUACACUACACUCCAAGGUCAUCCCUUUGGGGGGGGGGGGCGCUCCAUGAUUGAGGGGGGUGUCAGUCUUCGCUCAGGGAGGCCCCGUAGCCCUUAUGGGGGAGAAUCUGUUCUUCCAGCACUGCCCAGUAUACCCUCCAAAGCACUGUGUGUCCCUCCAGUGCCCCCUCCCCACAAUACACGUGGCCCGCCACUGUUCUGUCCCUCUACCAGACGAGGUGACUCAAUACACGUCAGUAUUAACCAGGGGUGAGCUGCUCACACUGUGCCCUUUUGACACACCUUUUCGUCACUGUUGCCGCUGCCUCGAACCAAAUGGGAAGGGGAGGCCAGAGAGGUCGGGGGCUUCCUCCCCUCCCACAAAGGGCUGCAAUGUUCCCUCUCGGCCCCGCCUCUUCAGCAGCGGUUGCAGGGGGGGUGGUGGCCGGGGAGGGGGAGAGUGGGGGAAAGACAAAGCUAACUUUUUUUUUAACGAAAUAAAAGGCUGUUUGAUUUUCA